AUGGUCUCUCUCUUCGUCGAUCGCUUCAGCAAGCAGAUGGACAUGGAGCGGCAGGUCAGGAACGCGCGGCCCAGGGCCCUGCAGGUCAGCAGGGAGCGGCUCCCGCAGAUCUGGGACCAGCCAGACGAGGAUUGGAAGAGAAGGCUGUCAGGGAUGACGAGGAGGAAGAGGUUCAGAGGCUUCAUGCACGCCUGCUUCCUCGCCAACUUCGUGGUGCUGCUGCUGCAGAGCUACAAGCAGGGCCAGUGGCAGACUCGCCUGUACGAGGUGGCGAAUGUGUUCUUUGCGUUCGUUUUCAACACCGAGGCUCUGCUCAAGAUCCUGUCCGCCAAUCCAGCCGUUUUCUUUCACGACACGACUCAGUGCCUCGACAUGUUCGCAAACCUCUGCAUUUUCUCCGGCAUCGCCCUCGACUACAUGAAGCAGCACACGCUGGCGGGCUCGUCCUGGGGUUCCCUCAAAACCUUCUUCCUCGACCCCCUCACCACCUCCAUCAUCCGCUCCCUCCGCAUCUUCCGCCUCACCCACUGGGUCUCCGUCCUCCGUGCUGACUUUGACUUCGGCACUAUCAUCAACUUCCUGGUCGCCGCUGCCGCCAUCCUGCUCGAGCUCUCCCUCGUCCUCGUCAUCGUCAUCUUCAUCUUUGGCGUCCUUGCCGUCCAGCUCUUCGGUAACCUCUGCAGCAAGGAGACCAACACCAGCGCACGAGAUUCUCUGAGGUGUCUCCUGAUGGAGGAAGCGCACAAACUGCCCGCACACGUCAGUUUCGUCGACCUGGGGUCUGCCGCCAUCACCCUCUUCGUCGUCUCCAUGGGCGACGGCUGGACGUCCCUCAUGUCUGCCUGCUCCAUCAGCGCCAGCGACUACCCGAGGACAGAAAACUACAUGCAGGUUGUCAUCCCCAACCUACAGGCCUACCAGCUCUUCAGGAACACUCCUGUAGGACGGGAGGCCCUAGCGACCGCCAAGUACAACCUCCCGGGCUGCGUCUCAGGCUCGGAACUUCAGCUCCUCAGCGCCGCCGGCAUCAUCAACUGCAACAAGGACGUCCUCGCGUGCGAAGGGACGUGCGGGUCCCUCGCCUCCUUCUGCUUCUUUCCCGCCUUCUUCCUCCUCGCCAACGUCGCCGUGCUCGCCAUCAUCGUUGCAGCUCUGAUUGAGCAGGUCUCGGCCAACGAGCUCCCCCUCUCCGGCAUGCUCACGACCACCAUGACCAUGCGCAAGUUUCAUGCCAUGUACUGGGUGUGGAAGAGGAAGGCGAGGGGGAGGCAGAAGCUCGGCAUCGUACCGGACGAGACCAAGUGUCACUUCUACAAGACCAUGUACCUCGAGUCCAUCCCUGACAAGAGGAAGGCGGCAGAGGAGGAGGCAAAGCAGCCGGUGAAGAGGAAGACUGCGAGGAAAGAGAAGCCCAAGCAUGUCUCGUACCGUCAAGAGGCUCAACCCGUGCCUGGGAAGAAGGAGGGGGAGGAGGAGGACGCAGCGGUCCUCGCUCCACUUUUCGAGACUGAGGACUACGAGUUCAACGGGGGGCAGGAAGCGACGGUUGACGGAGAAUUCGAGCAGCUGCUGAGCCGGCUGAGGAGGAGGGAGAAAAGUCUGCUGCGGGAGUGGAGGAAAAAAGCCUUUGUCGCCUCCGACUUCUCUCACUUCCUCGAGUCUGAGCAGCGAGGAGGCCUGCGCGACUUUCUGACGGACGUGGAGGAGCUGGAGGCCAUCAAGGUCAAGUGCGACGACCUAGUGGAGAGGAGGUGGCAACUGUGGCGAAGCACUGAGGGGAAGAAGGGCAAGGGAAGAGCUGCAAGGACGGACGCUCUCCACACCAUCAGGAUGCUGCAGGCUCUCCAGAAGUGGAUCCUGCGCGACAGGGCAGAGGAAGAGGAGAGGAUGGAGCUUGAGAUGCAGUCGCUCAACUACGUCAUCAAGCAAGACGUGCGGGUACAGCUGGGGUUGGAGCAGGUGAGGGUCCGGAAGGCCUCCCUGCAACAUAACUCAGACCAGCUGCUCCGCUUCCUCCAGGCCCGGGAAGAUCAGGUCCUUGCCUUUGUCCGAACUCACGAGCAAGACCCCAGCGGUAGUCUGGGCCAGCAUGCCCAACGGCCCGAGCAUGAGGCUGACGAGGACCAGGCCGCCAUCGCCGUCAGCAAGGAAGAGAUCUUGAGCAGCCUCGGCAUCAAGCCCCUCGCCAACCUCCUUCGAGAAUGCGCAGAGAGCGGCUGGGACGCUACUGAUCCCCCCAGCCUCCCCCUUGGGAGCCAUGGCAGCCUGGUGAACCCCCGGGAGGCAGACUUCCAACCGCAGCAGGUGCAGCCGGAGGAGGCGGAGGAGCUGGCUAAGUCGGCCUCCUUCUCAGCCUUUAAUCACUUCAUGCCCGGAGAACGAGUGGUCGUGCGGAGGAAGGACGGGAGCUUCAGCGUAGGGACCGUGACCAAGGAGCGUCCGGGGGACCUCGUCGACGUCUCGCUGGGUAAGAUGGAGGGGAAGGAGAGCUCUAGAGCCUCGUACGCCAAGAAGACCCUGCCGACCUGGAUGGUGGGGAAGUUCAAACCGUCAACAGUGACAGCAGACCUGGUGGUCAUCAAAGAGGUCCAGACUGGAUCAGACGACGAGUCCUUGGCCGAGAAUCCGAUCAGGACCAUCUGCUCCAACGCGAAGAUGAAGAUGGAGAAAGGCAACCUUCACUCCGCCGAGAAGCGUCUACAGCGAGGCAUGCGCAUGUUUCCUACGUCCAUCGAGAUCCUUUCAACCUACUCGGAGCUGCUGCAGGCGGCUCUCUUCUCCGUUCAGUCACUCAUCUUUCCGCUCUCUCCCAACCAGCACAACUUCUGUGCCCGCAGCCUCGCAGCUCUCCAUCUCCUCAAGGCCUCUAGGACCGGAGGCAACAUCCCCCUCCUCCCCGACGUCAGCGACCGUCUCGCGCCCAUGGACAGGAGGGUGGGGGUUGCGUACGUCACCUCCGACCUCCAAGAUCAUGCUGUCUCCUCCGAUCUCGAGGCUGUCUGGGCGAGCCACGACGCUCGUCGCCUCAUCUUCUUCUGUGCCUGGAGCUCAGGAGGCGGUUCCUCCCGUCCUCUCCAUCCUCGUCAUCCCUGCCUGACCAACCCAGUAAGUCCCUCCUGA